UAAGAACUUAAAGAGCUUGUAGCGCAAAGGCCAGGCUUCUGGGAGAGGAGACAUAGAGGAACAUAGCAUAUGAUUGUGCAUUAGCACUCACAUACUUUAUGAUUGUAUAGCUUUUCCUAUAAAACUCAUUAAGAGCAUCUCUUCUCUUUCCCAGGACGCAGAGAGGGUUCAGAGGAGGACGUCUUUCGGUUUCAGCUCCAGGCUCAGGCUUUGAUACAGGUCACCUGAUCAGUUUUACUAGAGCAGAUCCUGAUUCACCUUCAACACUAUUAGGAAAACACCUUGCUGAUGACAGUUAGAUUGGACACGGGUUGCCCCUGCUGUGGCAGGCGUCUCAUCUCACGAUUCGUUUUCUCAACUAUUUGAGGAUUAUAUGCUGUAAAUAUUCUGUUUUUGUCCUGAAACCUCACUUGAACUCUCAUUCCUUGGCCAUCACCUGCCAGUACUGGGACUGAGGCAGAAGAUCCCAAGAUGAGUGUCAAAAAGGAAGACGUGGAGAAGUUCCUGGAUGGAAAUCCAGAUUUUGCCAGGAGCUAUUUUGACAAAAAGCUCAAACCUGGUGCCGUGGCCUCGAUCAUGCGAAUUCCAGAGUCUAAAGUGGAUAUGGACAGUUUUAAAGACAUAUGCUCGGUAGAGGAGGGAGCCAUAUUCUACGAUCUCAUUACAGACAUGCAGGAGAACGUCAAUAUGGAGAAGGUGAUUUUUAAGAUUCUGAAGCGGGUCAGCGCUAUGAUCCAUGCCGACCGAUGUAGCCUGUUCAUGUAUCGACAGAGAAACGGCAUCGCUGAGCUGGCUACACGUCUCUUCAAUGUUAAUGAAAAUUCUGAGCUCGACGACUGCGUGGUGCCUCCAGACUCUGAGAUCGUCUUCCCUCUGGACAUUGGUAUAGUAGGAUAUGUGGCUCAAACCAAGAAGCCCAUCAAUGUGAAGGAUGUUACACAGGACAGUCACUUCAGCUCAUUCGUUGAUGAACUAACUGAAUACACCACACGCAACAUGUUGGCCACACCCAUCAUGAAUGGAAAGGAUGUCGUAGCUGUCAUCAUGGCAGUCAACAAGACUACUGGACCCCAUUUCACAGAUGAAGAUGAGGAUCUUUUUUUAAAGUAUCUGAAAGUUGGCUCUCUGAACCUGAAGAUUUUUCAUCUGAGCUACCUUCAUAACUGUGAAACACGAAAAGGACAGCUGCUGUUGUGGUCAGCUAACAAGGUGUUUGAAGAGCUCACAGAUAUUGAACGACAGUUUCACAAAGCUUUGUACACUGUACGAGCCUAUCUCAACUGUGACAGGUACUCUGUGGGCCUACUGGACAUGACCAAGGAAAAGGAGUUCUUUGAUAUUUGGCCAGUGUUGAUGGGAGAGCAGCCACCUUAUUCUGGCCCUGUAACUCCUGAUGGAAGGGAAGUUAUUUUCUACAAAGUCAUUGAUUAUAUUUUGCACGGGAAAGAGGACAUCAAGGUCAUACCAUCUCCACCUGCAGAUCAUUGGGCUUUGGUUAGUGGAUUACCUACAUACGUAGCAGAAAGUGGAUUUAUUUGCAACAUCAUGAAUGCAGCAGCAGAUGAAAUGUUCAACUUUCAGACGGAAGCUCUGGAUGACAGUGGAUGGACCAUCAAGAAUGUGCUGUCCCUGCCAAUUGUCAACAAAAAAGAAGAAAUUGUUGGUGUUGCAACUUUCUACAACAGGAAGGAUGGCAAACCAUUUGAUGACCAUGAUGAACAACUCAUGGAGGCUUUGACACAGUUUCUGGGCUGGUCGGUCCUCAACACAGACACCUAUGACAAAAUGAACAAGCUGGAGAACAGGAAGGACAUUGCCCAGGACAUGGUGCUGUACCAUGUCAAAUGUCGAGAUGAUGAGAUUCAAAACAUCCUUAAAACAAGAGAAUAUUUUGACAGAGAACCAAGAGACUGUGAGGAGGAAGAGCUUUUGGAGAUUCUGAAAAAAGAGCUGCCUGGCCCGAAAAAGUUUGAGAUCUACGCAUUCCAUUUUUCAGACUUUGAUUGCACUGAAUUGGAUCUUGUAACGUGUGGGAUCCAGAUGUACUAUGAAGUUGGAGUGGUUAAAAAGUUCCAGGUCCCUCAGGAGGUUUUGGUGAGAUUCAUGUACUCAGUCAGCAAAGGCUACAGAAAAAUCACCUACCACAACUGGCGCCAUGGCUUUAAUGUCGGGCAAACCAUGUUCACUUUACUCACGACAGGCAAACUAAAGCGGUAUUACACGGAUUUGGAGGUUAUGGCCAUGAUCACUGCUGGCUUCCUGCAUGAUAUCGACCACAGAGGCACAAAUAAUCUCUACCAAGUGAAGUCACAAAAUCCUCUAGCCAAGCUGCAUGGAUCCUCCAUUCUAGAGAGGCAUCACUUGGAAUUUGGCAAAUUCUUGUUAGCCGACGAGUCAUUAAACAUCUUCCAAAACCUCAACAGAAGACAAACGGAGCAUGUCUUCCACCUCAUUGACAUUGCCAUUAUUGCAACUGAUCUUGCCUUGUACUUCAAAAAGAGAACGAUGUUCCAGAAAAUUGUCGAUCUCUCGGAAACGUAUGAAGAAGAGAAGAAAUGGGUGGACUUCAUGUCUCUUGAAACAACAAGGAAAGAAAUUGUAAUGGCCAUGAUGAUGACAGCGUGUGACCUCUCAGCUAUCACAAAACCAUGGGAGGUGCAGAGCAAGGUCGCCCUCUCUGUGGCUGCUGAAUUCUGGGAGCAGGGUGAUCUUGAGAGGACUGUUCUUGAGCAACAACCUAUCCCCAUGAUGGACAGGAACAAAGCUGCAGAGCUGCCAAAGCUUCAGUGUGGUUUUAUCGACUUUGUCUGUACUUUUGUCUACAAGGAAUUCUCUCGUUUUCACCCCCAGAUCCAGCCAAUGUAUGAUGGCAUUCUGAACAACCGAAUGCAUUGGAAAGAGAGGCAGGAAGAAUAUGAGGCAAAACUAAAGGCAAUGGAGGAGGCAGCUAAAGCCAGACAGGAAGCAGCUGGCAAAAAUGUUGCAAAUUCCAACAGCACCAAUGGAUCAGGAUCAGGGUCCAAGACCUGCUCCAUCUGCUAGAGAAAAGACAACAGUACAGAGGCAGAGUGCAAGGCAGCUCGAGAUGCAACCUAGCCUCUAAGUAUUAUGUCACACGGGGGAGAUCAAGCUCACCCUUAGGAUCCCCAAGGAUCUGAUCAAGAGUGAGUGGGAAAACACUAUCAAUGCAUUGUAUGCUAUCACCAAGCCACAAGACCAUCUGCUAACAAAAACACACAUUGAACCUUGCCUACAGUUAGUAUUACUGUUCCAUUGUGUUUCCUUUGGGUCACAGUGUUUAAGCAAUUUCAUUGGAUGGUUUCAAUUAAUUCAUGACACUUCAUGACAUUGGUUUCAAUUAAUCACAAAUGCAGACCUAAUGUACUACAGGGAAAUGUUUUUUUUUUUUUUAUCAUUUGUUUUUCCAUCCAAUCAUCCAGAUCCAAGAUAUUAGCAUCAUCUAUAAAUUACUUUUACUGGAUAUGUUUUCAUUUAUUUACUCAGGUGAUCAGUUUAUAUUUAAUAUAAAGCAGGUCCAUGACAAGUUUCAUCAAGGAAUCAAUAAAAUACUGUAUGUACAGAAAUUUGUUGUAAUUGCAAGAUACAUUUUUCUCUUUUUGUAAAUGUAAUAAUGUUCAAUUUGUCGUCACCUUUCAUUGAAUACCAAAAAACAAAGGCCAUUAUACGUACAGCUGGGAGCUAUUCCCCAAAAGCAACUAAGGUCGCAUGUUCCAUCGUUACCAAUAGAGUUCAAUGGAAUUAACGACCAUAGUCAGCUGGGAAAUGCAACCCAGGUCACUAAAUGUGAGAAGGCAGACUUUAGUGCGCAACAAAAUAUAACUUCUGGUAAGCUAGAUGGCAGAGUACAGUGGAGGUCAGAAAGUAGAAAGAUUGGGUAUAAAGUUAUAGUUUGACUUUUUUUUCCUUCACUUAAGCAGACAGGUAACACGCAAUUGUCCUUCAGACUUAUUUACAUCAAGUGCUGUCAUGGCUGUGUUUUACUGAGCAAUGUCCCGUUACUCAGUGUCUCCGCUGCUGGGAAAUCCGUUCAAAGAGAAAACUAAUUCCAGCGGCCUUGAUACCAUUCAUCAGUUCUCAUCUGACCUGCCACCACACUGAACUUUGAGAAGUCUGUGAUUAAAUUCAUGAAGGCAUUCUGAUUCAGGCAAUUUUGUUCUUCUUAUGUCUGACUUUCUUCUUAAGUCUCUUCUUCACUGGUUGUCUAUGAAACAUCGUAAAAACAUCAGUUGAGAAUUGUGUAAAUAUACAAAAUUAUUUUUAAAUUUGAUGAGGUAGAACACAGUAAAACACAGCCAUGACAGCACUUGAUGUAAAGUAGUGAAGGAUCAGGCAGUAGCAAAGAAAAUUGAUGUUUAAAUCAGAUCUGACAGUGAGGACCCAGUAAGAAGACUUUUUGAAUUUGACAUUCAUGUGAUCUACUUGCAGAGAAAGAUUCAUCAUUUUUGACAUGAAUUUGCUUAUUUUGAUUCAUCAUUAAAGAUGCUCUCAAACCAUCAAAAAUACAGCAUCAAAUAUGGGUGAUUCCAAUUAAACUGGUAAACAUGUUAAGCAUCACUUCUGUAUGCUCGAUACCAUGACAAUUAAAGCAUAUAUUUUUAUGUA